AUGGCUACCACAAAAUCUGCCCCCGUCUUCUCAUUUGACGGUCCCUUGUCCCCUCAUUUGGUUGAGUAUCUGGAGGCUAUGGAGGAACGCAUUGUUUCCCGUCUACUCGCCGCGCUCCGCCCGAUCUACGAGGCUGGCGCGCUGGAACAGAUGCUCGCCAAGAUGAUACCGGUCGUCGUUGCUUCAGUUCAGGAAGCGAUGCGCACCGAGACAUCACCGGCGGACAACAACACCACCCCCAGGUCGAGACCUCGUAAGGCUUCUCGCAACCAGAGAUCACGCCGCUCUGCUAUUGUCGCACGGUCACACCUCCAGCAGUACGAGAACGUUACCGGGCAACAUAAAGACGUGUUCGAGGACCUAUGUACCGCCUUCAAAGUUCUGAAGCCUCAACAAACCUUUGACGAGUACUAUCUGGAUGUCGCGAGCAAGAAGCCACUGCCGUCCCUUUCGAAGGCUGAAGAGCGCAUCCUUCUCCAUGAACCCCGCGUGGUAUCCAUCCUUGAGUACGCCAGUAGUACUCCUUUACCAGACAUCUCCAGUGACGAGGAAUCCUCCGAUGAUUCAUCCGACGACUCGUCGCUAUUCUCGUCGGUCAGCAGUUAUAGCACCUGCACUACGGAGGCGUCACUGUCUCCUGAGCUUGACCAAGUCAUUGACGGAGUAGAAGACUCCACCCAAUUACACGACGUUGUCAGUGGCAACAAGAGCACUCCUGCUGAAGUCAAAGCGCCUGAUGGUGCAGUCUCGGCAGAGCAAUCAUCCUUCAUUGAGCCUACAAGGGCCCCCCAGAAUGACAACGGUACAACAGAUCUGCCCGUUACCGAAUACACCAACGAGGAUGGCAACGAUAACAACGGCGUCGUCCACGUUACCGCCUCCAGUGUACAUGAGAACCAGCCCAACACCCAUGAACAGACACACUCGACAGAUAUCACAGACCGCGAUGUCAGUACUAGUGAGCUGUUGAUCGUCCUUGGAGCAGCAUCGCAAACCGAAGCGAUGGAAGUCUGCAUCCCAGAACUUACUCAUUCUCGUCCGGUCGACUCUCAAAACAUGCGGGCAGAGUUCGGCCAGACCAUGGACGGGAUAGAGUCACCGCCAGCUUCUCGCGAUAUCUCCAGCGUGGUACAAGACGAUAUGGACGAUGUCCAAGUCACAAGCCGCGUGGAUACCGAGGAGCAGAACAUGGUCGACGCGCCCCCGCCUGAGACCACUACUGAAUCACGAGCGAGAUUAAGGGUCCAGGCAAACACAAGCAACCAUUGGUCGAACGGCAAAGCCGAAUAUCUGCUAGCACUAUUUCCUGAUCUUCACGUCAUCCUGAAACAAGCACUUCCACAGAUGGUGCAAGAGAAGCAGCAAAACCGAAUUCGGGACGAGAUUAUCAAAUAUAUCGGUGGAGCAGAGUCUGCGAGAGGGCUAGCCAAUGACCUCGACUUCGCCAUGAAGAACAGUCUGAUGACUAAUGCAGAAUACACCAGGGUGAAGGAAUACGCACAAAAGGCUGCUAAGAGCAAGCACAUUGGCGCCUCCCAGACUGCUGCCAGCAGUAUCGCGCAGUCAGCUAGUCUCCCCGCUCCUCCUGAGACUUCGAUCAAAGACCAAUUCAUCGGACUGCUGAUCGAAGCGCGCAGAAAGAUGAUGAACAAGAACGAGCAAAACAAACUCAAUUCUGCCUCAGACAUGUUUGAAGGCCAGUUCAACAUCUCAUUCGAGAAAUCAUCAGACAUCGAAGUCAUGAUGGAUUAUCUCACCAAACAACCCCGGUUCCAAGCUUGCGACAGCAACGGCAAGCCGAUGAUAGAUGUCGAAAAGACCGUCGAAAUCAUACAAGCUCUCGUAGAAGACGUGAGCCCUCGUGGCAGCGAAGAGAUUGUAUGGAGGUGUAUGGAAGCCCUGGCUGCUCGAGAUGUAAAGGUCGAGAAAGACUCAUAUGGAACAAUACGCCGCACCCAUCGCCAGGAACCUCUCGAACUUCUCUUCCAAAGCAUCUCAGACUGCAAUCUUAAAUUGAAGAUUGCGGAGAAUGGUGAUGGCGGCCUGACCUGGGACGAAAUGAAAGAUCUCGCGAUGGCGGAGGAGCGCCAUUACUUCGAGAAAAACAGCCGCUGGAGGGUUAGGUUGAACGAUCAGGAACAGUACGAGAGGUACAUGAAGGAUACGGAGAUGCAUUGGAGCGACCUGAACAACAUGGGAAAAUCGAUCGCCGAACGGAGGGCUGAUCAGAACCUAGCUGUGGGGCAAGCGACUGCUUCGGCUCAGGCUGAUGAGGCUGGAGCGGCAGUUCCCUCCAAGGGCAAGCGCAGCCUCACUGACAUCCAGCACGAUGACAAUGCGCAAGUCCAGAAGCGGUUGCGAGAAGAGCCCGCUGAGCCUACUGAAGAGCAGGAGCGUACUGCGAUGAGGAAGAGGGACGCACGAGGGCCUGCUGACUCUGAGAGCAGCGAGCGCGUUAAACGGAGUCGUGACUGA